UUCCAUUGGGCAUAAAAAAUGAAUACCAUAAUUGGUAUUAUCAAAUUUAUUGUUAUAUUCAAUUUGUGCGGUGAAAUCCUAACACUUACGAGUUACAAUGAAUGGACACUCAAUAUUGUGCAUACAAAUGAUAUGCAUUCAAGAUUCGACGAAACUUCUCCGCGAACAUCGCCACGCUGUCGCGAUCAAGAUGUGAGAGAAAAUAAUUGUUAUGGUGGGUUUGCGCGACUUGCAACUCUUAUAAAGAAAGCAAAAUCAUCAUCAACCCCGACACUGUUUCUUAAUGCUGGUGACACUUAUCAAGGUUCCGCAUGGUUUGCUAAAGAUAAAUGGAAAGUUGUUGCACAUUUUCUGGAGCUAUUAAAACCUGAUGCCAUUUGUUUAGGAAACCAUGAGUUCGAUACAUUACCAAAGGGUCUGGUUCCGUUUGUCAAGAAUGUCUCAUUUCCUGUUCUGGCGAGCAAUUUGAAUCUAAAAGAUGAGCCAGAGUUGGAUGACGCAGGAAUUAAGAACUCUGUUAUUCUUGAUGUUGGGCAUCACAAAGUUGGUAUUGUUGGUUUUGUAACACCGGAAACUAAGACGUCGUCUAUUGGUACUGGCAACGUUAUAUUCUUGGACGAAAUUGAAUCCGUAAGACGUGAAGUUAAAAUAUUGAAGCAGAAAGGAGUGAACAUAAUAAUAGGACUUGGUCAUUCGGGUUAUGAACGUGAAAAACGUAUUGCGAGAGCGGUCGAUGACCUAGAUCUGAUUAUUGGUGGUCAUACCAAUACAUUUUUAUACAACGGACCACAACCGGACUUGGAAGCUAUUGAAGGCCCUUAUCCGACAGUAGUAACUCAGCGAAGUGGUCGUAAAGUGUAUGUCGUGCAAGCUGGUGGUCACACUAAAUACCUGGGGAACUUGUCUAUUGUGUUUGACGGAAGAGGUGAAAUCAAGAGUAUCGAUGGAAAUCCCAUUCUAUUGGACCGUAGCGUUGAAAAAGAUGAAGAAAUGCUUAAGGAACUCGAUAAGUGGCGCCCAGAGUUCAAUACUUCUGAGUUAGGCCAAACAAAAGUAUUUUUAGAUGGUGAUACUAAGGUUUGCCGUAGUUCCGAAUGCAUUCUUGGUAAUCUUAUUACUGACGCUAUGGUUGAUUACAAUGCAAAUGUGAAUAAUUACAUUGAUAAAUGGACUGAUGCAGCAAUAGCUAUUUUGAGUGGUGGAACGAUUAGAAGUUCAAUUGAGUCAUUAUCUGGAGAAAUGAUACUCUAUGGAGAUAUAAAACAAGUUAUACCGUUUGCUAAUGAAGUUAAGAAAUUAAAUAUAACUGGGGCCCAACUUUUUGACGUAUUAGAAAAUAGCGUUCGUAAUCUAAAAUAUAAUGACACUAGUAGUUUAUCCGGAGGUUUCUUACAAGUUUCUGGAAUAAAAGUAACCUAUAACUUGAAGAAGAAAGCAGGAUCAAAAGUUAUACGUAAUUCAGUAUUAGUACGUUGUGCUGAUUGUUUAAUACCUCAUUAUGAAAAAGUAGAUAUGAAUAAAAUCUAUACAGUACUUGGUCCCAACUUUCUAUUGACAGGCGGUGACAAAUAUGAUAUGUUGAAAAAUAUAACAAAAUCAUCAUUGAAUAUUGACAUCGCAGACGUCGUAGCUGGCUACAUAAAAUCGAAAAGCCCAUUACAGACCGAAAUUGAUGGAAGAAUAAAUUUCAAAGUAAACGAUCCAUUAAUCGAUGACGUGAACAACCUAAUCAACGAGAGUCGAAACUAUUUGGACAAUAUGCAAAAACACAGGCAAAAUAAAAAUUAUCGAAACGUAAGAUCUAUGAAAUCUAGACGGCCUAAAUUCGAUCAUUUUGGUAGAUGGAAUGGCGCAAAAUCAUAA